UAAAGUAAGCACUGUCGUAAAGCGAGGUAGUAGCCAAUCAGGAUGACUGAAUGAGAUCACGUGACCACCAGCCAGCCCAGUAAAAAGCUUGAGCCAUUGCUCGUCGAUCUCAUUCCUCAGCUGCUCCUCUCACAAGUCGUACGCUUCACACUAUUGACAAGAUGACGGACGAGGGAAAAUUGUUUGUUGGAGGCUUGAACUUCACUACGACGGAGGAUUCGUUGGCCGGGGCCUUCGGCAAAUACGGAGCCAUCGAGAAAGUGGAUGUGAUCAGAGACAAGGAGACUGGAAGGUCUCGUGGUUUCGGCUUUGUGAAAUACGAAAAUGUGGAAGAUGCCAAGGAUGCCUUGGAGGCCAUGAAUGGCAAGACUAUCGAUGGCCGAAACAUUCGCGUGGAUGAAGCCGGAAAGGGAGGCGGACGUUCCAAUAGAGGGUUCAACUCCGGUGGACAACGAGGUGGGGGAGGAAGAUUUGGCGGUUCCAGGGGCAGAGGUGGCAGUUACAACGGGGACCGAGGAUACGACAGGAGCUACAACGAUAGAGGAUUUGGUGGCGGAGAUAGGAACUUUGGCGGGAGCAGCGGAGGAGGCGGAUACAGAAGCGGAGGCUAUUCCAACAGCUACAGAGACAACAGAGGUCAAGGUGGCUAUGGCGGUGACCGCAGCACAUACCGUGACACAUAUGACAACUAUUCUGGAAACGAGUAAACAUCUCCCUGAUUCAAGAUCAUCACUUGGCUGGCUGUUUUUCAAAGAUGCGCUCCUCAAGGAAAAAAACGUCCACGUGUUAUUGCUGACCCUUAGUUUUGUAGUUCUGUUGUUGUAGCUCAAGCAUCUUUAAAAGAAUGUAGCCAUGAGUUUUGGUCAUUCCUUUUUUUUCUAAACAAACCCAAGAGAUCCAUGUUUAAACGGGAAUAUUGAUUAAGCUUCUUUCCUUGCCUGGGAGGUCACAUGAUUCCUCCUAACUAAAGUACGUAAUUAGUGUCACCAGGCCAAAGCCGUUUUUGGGAUCAAACUACACCUUCCCCAUGGCUUUUCUUUGCACUGCCACAAAUGCGGUGAGCCUUUUUGUCCAGAACGUUCAAGUGUUACCUGGUCCUUAGUCUUUUUUUUAUAUUAAAACUUGAUGGGGCCUGUUUUUUUUUGCCCUCUUGAUCACUGACCGACCUCCUGCCAGGUUUUAACUUUGAGGAAAGAUCCAUUUGCUCUUAAGGGAAUUUUAUGCCCUUUCACAAUUAAACAUAGUGUUAAAUUUUCCCAAAAGCGUGACUUCCUUUCAGACUUGUGAACUACAAACCCGAAUUAGGCCGGCUGUCCAUGAGGUUGCAAACAGCAGCAUGUGACAGUCAGGCCAACGUAUCUUCUGUGCUCUGCUUAACAUCUACAUUUUUUUAAAUGUGCUGUAUAAAUGGACAAAUCUUGUCAAGUGAUCCAAACAAAAUGUAACUUAGUUUCCAAAAAGUAAAAUCUCGAUCGGGAACAGACUUGUACUACUUAUGUUCUUUGUAUGGUCUUUUUUCUUUGUCAGUUCGGCUUCAUGGAGCCCAUUAAACAGAUUGUGGAAAAUA